CUGCUGGUGCUGCCGCGCGCCCCAGUCCCCGUCGGAUCCGAAGCGCGACGCGGAGGCCGCCUUAUGGCCUUCCUCAAGCGCAAGUGCAGGUGCCUGCAGGCGCGCGACUAGUCGGCCGCGCUCGCCGCCGCCCGCGGCGCGCCGUGCGCGCGGACUCGGCGCCCCUCGGCGCCCGGGCACCGACGGCCCACGGACAUGAGAAUCGGGCGGCGGCGCGGCGGGCGAGGCAGUUUCGAAAAAGCGCGCGCCGGCCGACGACUGCGGCAGCCGUGGUGCCUGCGCAGCCCCGACAAUGCCAGCGGCCCGCGGAGGCCGCCGCGCAGCUUAGCUAGUUGCGUGCCCGUGUCGGUCGCGGGCGACUCGUCCCCCCUCGGCUCUCCCGCGGCGAGCGACCCCGGCGACGCGCAGUGAUUUCCGCCGGCGCCUCGCCGACGAUCGACCAGUCGCCGUUGGCGCGGCCGCGCUCGGCCUCCGCCGAGCCACCCUGACCGUCCACUCUGCUUCGGUUUCGCCGCGGCGCUGCACCGCUGGCCGGCGCGACGGCUCGCAGCCUGCUGGUGGGCGAGUUCGCGGGCUCCGCCGAUGCCGGGCCAGCCGGAGACUACUCGCCGAGACGAGCCGCAGCCGUGCACGGCGCGGCACGGACAGCGAGGCAGCUGGGUACGAGGGACGCUGCGCACCGGCGGCCGCUGCUCUGGGCGCUGACGUUUGCCGCCGACGAGCGACCGACAGUGGCCAAGAUAUCGCGUGCCAGUUUCAUCCGACUACGCUCGUCUGCCUUCUGCCUUCCCGUCGUCCAUGCGAUCAUCCGGUCCCUGAUCGACGAUUGUGUGCUCACUUUUUUACGCGAGAACAGAAGCAACAUCGACUAAGUGUUAUUUUAAUAUAAAGAUAGGUUUAAUGCUCGAAACAUCAAGACAGCAACAAGGUAAACAAGACAGAGAGGGAGCAAAAGAAGAAGCUAAUAAGGCAACUAUAUGCUGGUUGGCGGGUCCAAAAACGUAGGCUAUUUCUAAGCGACUGUCUCCGGCUAUCGAUUGUCGAGUCAGAGAUCAACAAUCCAUUUACCUGUAUAGACAAACUACACUUUAAGUAUCAAUAUAUCUGUAUACCACACUUCACAAUAUACGGCGGUCCAAUCGUUUUCUCAACAACUCUCAUCAAGUGGUCCAAUUUUUUCCUUUGUUUACCCAAGAACAAUCUGUUCUCCGAUCAAAGUGUCCUGUGGUCCAACAUACAGUGUCUUAGAUCCUUUUUAAGUACCAGUAUACACGGAACCUAAUCUUAAGCAAAAAGACAAUUGAAGUGGCAGUGGGAGCUUUUCAAGAAAAUAAAGGAAAAAUACAACAAGAAGCAAAUCCCACGAAAUCUCUAUAUUCAUAUGGAUUGGUAUAUACAAACAUACAUACAUACACAACAUACAUACAUAUAUAUUUAUCGUGCGUGUAUUUUUUACGAAUAUUUAUGUAAAACUCUGCCAAGUGACAGGUGAACAAGUAGUCAAAGUAGUGUAGUCAGUGAUAUGCCGAUCAGCGAACAAGCGGCGGCGGAGCCUGGCUGAUGAGAUAUGGCGUCUUCGAGUCGUUACAGCAGCUACAACUGUCUUACCAGCUGGGACAGCUAUGAUCGCAUUCCAAGAGUUCGCGUGGAGUACUAUGUGAACGAGAACACAUUCAAGGAACGGCUUCAGCUCUACUUCAUCAAGAACCAACGCUCGAGUCUGCGGAUACGACUGGCCAACCUCUUUUUCAAACUGCUGACAUGCUUUCUGUACAUAUUCCGCGUGGUCACCGACAACGAUCCCACAUACGCCGCCUGUUACGGCUGUACGCCCGGCAACAAGAGCGAAUACCUGCUCUCGCAGAACCUCACCGAGGAGGAGUUCCAGGAGCACCCGACCAUCAAUUGGGACGCCAUACUGUGGGUGCACAGGCCCUUCGAGCUCUGGAUCAUUCAAGUGGUGCUGGCCAUGGUCUCGCUGACCGAGGCGCUGCUCCUCGCCUACCUCGGAUACAAGGGCAACAUCUGGCAGCAGCUGCUGUCCUUCCACUUCAUUCUGGAAUUGGUCAACACGAUACCAUACACCAUUACGCUGCUGUACCCGCCCAUGAGGAACCUCUUCAUACCGGUGUUCCUGAACUGCUGGCUGGCCAAGCACUCCCUCGAGAAUAUGUUCAACGAUCUUCACCGGGCAAUGCAAAAGUCCCAGUCGGCCUUGAGUCAGCAGCUCAUGAUACUCAGCGCCACUCUGCUCUGCCUCGUCUUCACAAGCGUCUGCGGGAUCCAGCACUUCCAGCGAGCCGGCCACCGACACCUCAACCUCUUCCAGAGCACGUACUACGUGGUGGUGACCUUCUCGACCGUGGGCUACGGCGACUUUGUGCCCGACAUCUGGCCCUCCCAACUCUACAUGGUCAUCAUGAUAUGCGUCGCCCUCAUAGUCUUACCGACGCAGUUCGAGCAGCUCGCGUUCACGUGGAUGGAAAGGCAAAAGCUCGGCGGCUCCUACUCGUCUCACCGGGCGCAGAGCGAGAAGCACGUCGUGGUCUGCAGCACGACCCUGCAAGCCGAUACCAUUAUGGAUUUCCUGAACGAAUUCUACGCGCAUCCGCUGCUACAGGACUACUACGUGGUGCUGCUGUCGCCGAUGGAGCUGGACACGACGAUGCGCAUGAUCCUGCAGGUGCCGAUAUGGGCGCAGCGGGUGAUCUACAUCCAGGGCUCGUGCCUGAAGGACGGCGACCUGGCGCGAGCGCGCAUGAACGAGGCCGAGGCCUGCUUCGUGCUGGCCGCGCGCAACUACGCCGACAAGACUGCCGCCGACGAGCACACUAUCCUGAGGUCCUGGGCCGUCAAGGACUUCGCGCCGAACGUGCCGCAGUACGUGCAGAUCUUCCGCCCGGAGAACAAGCUGCACGUGAAAUUUGCCGAGCACGUGGUCUGCGAGGACGAGUUCAAGUACGCCCUCCUGGCGAACAACUGCACGUGCCCCGGCGCCUCCACCCUGGUCACGCUGCUGCUGCACACCUCUCGGGGACAGGAGGGCCAGCAGUCGCAGGAGGAGUGGCACCGGCUCUACGGCAAGUGCUCGGGCAACGAGAUCUAUCACAUAACCCUCGGCGACUCGCGCUUCUUCGGCGAGUACGAGGGCAAGUCGUUCACCUACGCCUCGUUCCACAGCCACCGCAAGUACGGGGUGGCCUUGGUGGCCGUGAGGCCCGCCGAGCUGCCCGAGUUCUACGAGGACACGAUACUGCUCAAUCCAGGUCCGCGGCACAUCAUGAAGAAGACGGACACGUGCUACUACAUGAGCAUCACCAAGGAGGAGAACUCGGCGUUCGUGGUGGCCAACAGCCAGGCCGCGGGGGCGGAGCCGAGCCAGGUGCUGGUGGCCGAGGGGGGCAAGCCGGCGGCGCCCGGCGCGCCGACCACGCCGGGAACCACGAGCACGCUGGCGACGGCGGCCAGCCUGGCGACCGCCGCGACCGCCACGACCGCCACGACCGCGUGCAGCGGCGGCCUGCAGCCGGGCGUCGGCGCGGGCGGCGGCAACGCAACUUAUCUGGACCCGGGAGGAUUAGGCGACUCGCGGCAGUGUUUAAAGGACGGAAGUUUGUCGCCGCAAACGCCGAUGACCGGAAAUCACCUCGAUGUGCCACGCUCGCUCGAGCCAAAUCCUAAUCUUCUCAGUCCCGAAAUUCUCACUCAGAGGAGAGGGAGCCGAAGACCUAGCAUCCUGCCGGUGCCGGACAUGCUGACGAGCUCGACGCUGCAGCUGCCGGGCCAGGAGUCGCUGGACCACGAGGCCGACGAGUCCGAAGACGAGAUGGAGGACGACGUGCCUUGGCGAUCGCCCAGCGAGAAGAUAGCGAUCGUCAAGGGAUUCCCGCCGGUCUCGCCGUUCAUCGGCGUUUCGCCGACGCUGUGCUACUUGCUCAAAGAGAAGAAGCCGCUCUGCUGCCUGCAGCUGGCGCAGGUCUGCGAGCACUGCACCUACAGAAACGCCAAGGAGUACAACUGGCAGAACAAGACGAUCAUCCUGGCGGCCGAUUACGCGAGCAACGGCAUCUACAAUUUCAUCAUCCCGCUGAGGGCCCACUUCAGAUCCAAGACCUCGUUGAACCCGAUAAUCCUGCUGCUGGAGCGUCGCCCGGAGAUCCCCUUCCUGGACGCCGUCUCGUACUUCCCGCUGAUCUACUGGAUGAUGGGCUCGAUAGACAACAUGGACGACCUGCUGCGCGCGGGCAUCACGCUCGCCGAGAACGUGGUCGUGGUGAACAAGGAGCUGAGCAACUCGGCCGAGGAGGACACGCUCGCCGACUGCAACACCAUCGUGGCCGUGCAAACGAUGUUCAAGUUCUUUCCCAGCAUCAAGAGCAUCACCGAGCUCUCGCAGUCGAGCAACAUGCGCUUCAUGCAGUUCCGCGCGCACGACAAGUAUGCCCUACACCUCAGCAAAAUGGAAAAGGUACUGCUCAGUACUACUACUGCUGAGAACUACCCCGCUGAGCCUUCGCUGGGCUCCCCGAGGGAGAAAGAGCGAGGCUCUCACAUAUCGUACAUGUUCCGACUGCCCUUCGCCGCUGGCAGUGUAUUCAGCGCCUCGAUGUUGGACACUCUGCUCUACCAGGCCUUCGUCAAGGACUACGUGAUAACUUUCGUCAGACUGUUGCUGGGCGUUGACCAAGCGCCCGGCUCUGGAUUCCUCACCUCGAUGAAGAUAACCAAGGACGACAUGUGGAUAAGGACUUACGGUCGACUGUAUCAGAAGUUGUGCUCGACUACCUGCGAAAUUCCCAUCGGUAUUUACAGGACACAGGACACGUCGUUAGUCGACACCUCUCACGGCGACUCGGACGCUGAAAGCGACGCCGGCGUCGGCGUCACAUACAAGAUGCGCCACUCGGCGGCCGCGUCCUGUUUAGCCACUUGCGCGCCUCGCGACAAGGCCACCUCUGCUCACAACUACUACUAUAUGGCCGGCUGCGAUCGACUCUCUUUCUCUUACUCGAUGAGCAUGGGCGACGAGGCGCGCGACAAUCACGCCCAGCAGAUCGAGCGCGCGGAGAUCGCCAACCUGGUGCGCUCUCGGAUGGAGUCGCUGAACCUGCCGAUCGCCGACUACGACGACGUCUCGGAGAAGCGCAACAGCCUGUCGUACGUGAUAAUCAAUCCGUCGUGCGACCUGAAGCUCGAGGAGGGCGACAUCGUCUACCUGGUGCGCCCGUCGCCGUUCUCCGCGCAGAAGACCUUCGAGCGCCACAACUCUCGGCGCAAGAGCAACAUCAGCUUCUGCUCGGCCCAGCUGGCGGCGCAGAUGAGCGCCGCGGUGGCCUCGGGCGCCGGGGCCGGCGGGCCUGGUGCGCCGGCCAGCCGACGCGGCUCCGGCAUCGGGGUCACCAGGGCCCCGCCCCUCGGCAACACCAAGUCCAACUCGCUCUCGCUGCCCGACAGCCCCACCGUGGCGGGCAGCCUCAGGGGCCGCUCCAACUCGCUGCGCGUCGUCGACGACAUCCUCCUCAGGCGCAGCAAUUCCUUGAGGCAGGGCCUGAGCACCCCGGCGAGGCGCAAGAGCAGUCUGGAGGAUAUCGGGCUGGGGGCGCUGCCGUACCCGUCCAACCACAACCCCAUAAAGAUCGCGCUGAACGGGUCGAUCGGGCUGGAGGUGACGCCGCCGGAGGAGGGCGACUCGCAGGCCGGCAGCUCGGCCAGCAACACCGGCAUCCUGGACGUGGGCCUGCCGUCGAUGCCGCCGCUGCCGCCGCUUCAGCCGCUGCUGGGCUCGGGCCUGGGGCCCGGCCUCGGGGGCUCGAUGGGCGGCCUCUACGACCCGCCGCCCUCCUUUCCGGGGCCCGCGGCUGCGGCCGGCCCACGGGAGCCGCUGCAGGACCCGCAGCACAUACAGGGCACCAUCGUAUGAUACAACCUCAUGUGGGGACGCAGGCUGUCCAGCGUUGUGCGGAACAAGCGGCCGUAGCGUGCCCCACUACACGGGCUGCCCGUCGAGCCCACGAGCAGCUCCCGCUACUCGAAUCCGAGACAACGACGCUGAUGCGAGAGCAAGCCACACACUGUCCCUGCGAGUCUCUACUGCAGUUCGAUGUGUAUUAUAUCGAAUAAUUCGUGUCCUAAUGGCACUGUGCCGGUGCAAACACCAGGCAGAACCUCAAAGACUCUUCGAGCUGCAUGCUUUCCGUGAGCUUCGAAUGCCAAUUGUAGGCCACUUCACCGACGAGUAUACAUCAAUUAUUUUUACUGAAUUCUAUUAUACGUAAAUUUCACAAGAAUUUGUAUAAAAAUAAGAGUGAUAUGUGAUCCAAGCGUUACUAAGACGGUUCAUAAGAACAUUGGUCAAACGUAUUCCUUCAAGUGUAGACGAUAUGACAACGAUUAUCGUUUCGUACGUAUAACAUGAUAUUAUUAAUAUUAUUAUAUAUAAAAGAAUUUCGACAAAAAGGAAUUUAAACAUAAAGGAUUCUGAAAAUAAUGAAAUUUACUACAGAUACAAAAUAUACAUACACGCGUGUGUGUGUGUGUGUGUAUGAUUAGCGCCUUUGAGUGCCCUUCGAAAUGUAUAUGACGUCAUUGUGAAUAAUUUUGUACUAGAAAACGAUUAUAUACUUAUAUAUACUAACGUGCUAACUAGUAUUAUCACUACCGGUCAGAAUUAUCCAUUAAAGAAAGAGUGAACCUUUAAUAAAUAUACAAAUUGACCAUUCUAACUCAUAUCACAAAAGGAUCAUUUAUAAAGUAAGUUUUAUUCGGAACAAAGGCGAAUAAAGAUUUAGAAACUAAAAGAAGGCACGUUAUAACUGUAGAUUCAUAGUAGAAUUUUGCGUGCAAAGUUAACUUGAUCCUAUUACCUAUGUGAUUCUUAACAUUAUACUUUAUAGAUUGUAUUUUUCUUUCUAGUCUCUCAUGCGCGUAAACAGUUGAGAUUUUUAAUAUCCGCAUCAAAUUCUUAUAGUCAUUCAAAUCAUAGAUAUUCGUAUGAGGCUUUACACUAAUACUCUUCACUAGGAACUGUCAUUAGUGUUCAGAUGACAAUUUUUAAUUUUUUAACAGCUUUAUACAACGUGAUGGUAAUUAUAUCGUUAUCAAGGAUUUUCCUUGUAUUUUUGUGAUUAACCGUCAAAUUUAAAUUUUUAAGUAUAAUAAGCGAACAACCAAAUAAAAUUACAAGAGGGACCUUACUAAACAACUUAGUCAUUAAAGCAAUCAUUAAGAUCUAAUUGGUAACAUAAUUAAUGCAAAGCGCGAUUAUUCGAUUAUUCAUAUUUUCGUUAAAUUCAAGAACUAAACAAUUAGUAUAUAGUUAUUACAAUUUUGUACAUUAAAAUAUCAGCAACUAACGAAUAUAAUGAUUGAGUUGUUCCAUUUAAAUUAUUCUCACUAUAUUGAAGUCUCAAAGUAAAUAACUGUAGAUUUGUAAUUUAGACAAGUGAACCGUUCUAGUCUAAAAAUAGUCAUUUAUUUCGGACCAACGUGCGUACCUGAAUUUCUGAGUAGAUAAACAUGUUAUGAAUAGUAAAUACGGUAGGUUACAUUUUUAAAACAAAGUUUAUAAUUGAAUUUAAUCAAAUUCGACAUACUCUUCGAAUUUCAAUUAAUUCUCAUCUUUUUCCAGACGUGAAUUUGUUAUCGAGUUAUUCAGAUAUUUUCAUACAAUUAAUACACAUUGCUGUACUAUUUUCAAUAUAAUAGUUCAUAAACAAUCAUUACAAGAGCAUUUAAGUAUUCACUAUAUAAUCAUUUCAAAGGACAAUUAUUUAUGAGAAUAUAAAUAAUGAUUUAUCAAAAGAUAUAUAAUAAUUUAUUGCAAAAAUAAAAUAUAUAUAGUUCUUAUUGAAUAGUGCAGUAAAAUUUUACAAACGUACUAACAAUAAAUUUCUUAGACUAUAAAUAACCGACACAUAGAAAAACUAUUUUGUUGAACGUUCAAUUCUUUCUUAAUAUUUUUUCAUAAUCUACUUAACGUAACUUUAUUAUGCAAAAACAACGAGUCUAAUUUCUCUCAUCAAAGCAUUUUUUGACCUCCAAAAAAUAACCAGUACAAAUAGAAAAUUGUGCAUACAACUAAAGUAGUUAUAUUUGAAAAUUAUUAUGUUAUUAUUGCUGUUGUUGUUAUUAUUAUUGUCAUCAUCAUCAUCAUCAUUAUUAUUAUUAUUAGCGUUGUUGUAAUGAAGUGCAUGGAAUGAUGCAAAAUAUGCUGAAGGCCCGGUAAGGGUCAUGGUCUAAAAUAAGAAUGAUCAAAAGUAGUUUGAGAAAGAUAAUUUCAAAAUAAACUAUACAUUAUCAUGAAAGGAUCUUGAAAUACUUGGUUUCUAAUAUACAGUUCAAACUUCUAUUUGUAUUAAUGAAAUAAGCAUUAUAAAACGUUAUUAUCAAUAUUCCACCGUUUGACUUCUAAUUUCAAGUCAACAAUUUUUUGAGAAAUACAUAAAUUUAUUGAAAAUUAAUGUAGUUGACCAUCUACGCAUAAACUACCAUACUCUGUAUUCUUCAUUGCACUGUAAAUAAGUACAACACAAUAUAGGCUGCCUGUGGUUUCGGUUUGAACGUAAUAAUGUCGAUACAUGUAAUGUUAUAUUAACUUUAAUGUAAUAUGAAAAAUACAAUAAUGUUUAUACACGCUAUCGUUUUUUUACAUUUACGUUUAUUGAUUCUGCAAUGAAAAUAGAGCAUAAUUUUUUCUCUCCGCUAUAUUGCAUUUUAAACUUUUAAUAAAGGCAGUAAAAACGUACACACACGGAAAUUUACUUCACUAUGUUAAUUUUUUAGAGUAAGUAAAAUUUUGUAGAAUAAGUAAAAUAAAUAUUCACAGAGUGUAUGGAUGUAAAAAUGUAAAAAGAAAAAUGUUACUGCAAUGAAAACUACGAAGAAUUCAUCGUUUACACUUAUAUCAUUUUAAACUGAUAUAAAAAGAAGACUAUAUAAAAAACCAUUUUCCUCAUUAAAUAAUAUGAUUUUAUGUAUCUUUCAGAGAGUUUCGAAACAAUAUCCGGUACAGUAACAUUAUUCUUUCUCGAUUCAACAAUUAGAAAAUUAGUCAUCAUGAAAAAAUAUAGUGACGUAAUUAAAAAACUUUGGCCAAUAAUUAUUUUUAUUAAUAACUUGGAAGGAUUUAAGUUAUUAAUGAACGUGAAAACAUUUGUUUCCGUAAAGUGAUUAUUACGUUACGUUAAGGUGACAUUGCGACACAUUGGAAGUUAUACACGAAAUAAUAAACAAGUACGUAAAAUAUAUGUAACUACUCUCAAAGAAUUACAAUAAAAUGCAGUACAUUUAAAAGAUAAAGUUUUUAUAGAAAUGAUCAAUAGUCACCUUUUUUGAGUGCUACGUUUGCAUGAAUGGUACUGGUUUUAUUAAAAGAGUAAUCGACGUGAUUCAAUUUCUCUUUAAACUUUAUGUAGACUUUAAAAUCAUAUUGAACAAGUAUUUUUAGGAAAAUCUCAAUAAAGAUGCUCAAGAAAAACCGAAAAUAAAUGAAUAGAAAAGCGGAAAUAUAGAUAUUUAAACAGCUGUACGUUGUGUAUAUUACCAAGAGUAAAAAAGCAAACAGUCUAAGUAAAUGAUGUGUGCAACGUUGCGGCACGAUAGUUCGCAUGUACACAAAGUUUAUUAUGAAUUAAAAAAAUUGAUACA